AAUCUGCUUGAGAUAAAGCUGCUCUGUGCCAGACAGCUGUGAAAGCUCUUAGGGACCCAAACUUGCAUUCAACUUUAAGUUUCUCUUAGGACAGGGAUUCUUAACUUGGAGUUGAAGAAUUUACAUUUAAAAAAAUCUCAAGAACUAUUUCUUGCAUUUGAUUUUAUGCCCUUAAAAACUAUCCUGAGAAGGGACCCAUGAGACCCAGAAGAAGCUGGUGAUUCAGGAGGUAGGGCACUGGGCUUGGAGUCAGGAAGAUCUCAGUUCAAAUUUAGCCUCAGACAUUAACUGGCUGUAUGAUCCUGGGCAAGUCUCAACCACUGUCUGCCUCAGUUUCCUCAGCUGUAAAAUGGGGAUAACAAUAGCAUCUAUCUCUCAUGGAGAUCAAAUGAGAAAAUAUUUAUAGAGUGUCUGGCAAACAUGGUAGCUGAAUUAUAAAUAUUUAUUCCUUUUCAUAAUCUUCUUCAGACUGCCCUUUGUGUCACCUGUGACACAACAGGUUAAAAAUCCCUGUAUUGGGAUUUGAAGGAGAGGAAAUGAAUGAUGAGACAAGGUGGCUCAGUGGCCAGGUCUAGAGACAGGAGGUCCUGGGUCCAAAUCUGGUCUCAGACACUUCUUAGCUGAGCAACCCUGGAAGUCACUUGACCCCCAUUGCCUAGCCCAACUCUCAUUCUUCUGCCUUGAAACCAAUACACAGCAUUAAUUCUAGGACAGAAAAGCAAGGGUUUAAAAAAGAAAAGUGUCAGAAAGUGACCCAUCCUGGAGUUCUGAGGCUUUGAACCCCGGAAACAGACUCUGUGUCUGUUUCUCUUCUUGUCUGUGUGUCUGUUUUGCCUAUUUGUCUGUCUGUAUUUCUCACUUCAGUGCAGGAAAGGUAGGGAGAAAAGGAACCCAGGUGUCCAGUUGCGCAGAGCUAAUGAUGGUCAGAGCCUUGGCAACAAGCGGCAGAAUUGCGAAGAUAGAGAGAUCAGACAAGACGACAAUCGUGCGUAAAAGCAGCACAUUUCCAUCAGCCGACUAGGAGGGGGCCGUUGCUAGGGGCCCCGGGGAAACAAGUGACGGCAUCCCUCCUUCAGCCCCCUACAUCCCCCCAGUCACAUGAGCUCCGGGAUCCAGUGUUGGGGCCGAGAGGCUGGCGCAGAGCAGGGUCAGCUGACGACGCUGCAGCCCACCUCGGCUUAGUGGAGCCAAGCAGGGGCGGUCUCCCGGUCAGUCUGCAGGGCCGCUGUCCAGUCUGCUGCGGAGAUGGACCCCAUGGAUGAGAAGAAGUUGCGGGCCCUGCAGAUGCUGCAGCCCCCGGGGCUGGGCAAGGGUCGCGCUCUCCUGGCCACCCUGCGAACCCUGAUGCUCUUCACGGCUGCGAUGAUCACGUUGCCCAUCGGUCUCUACUUCGUGUCUAAGACGUACCUCUUCGAAGGCGUGCUGGGCUUGCCGGCCAUCGACAGCUACUUCUACUCUGCGAUCGUAGCCGUCGUCUCCGUGCAUAUCGUGCUGGCCCUCUUCGUCUACAUGGCCUGGAACGAGGGUACCCGGCAGUGGCAGGAGACCAGCAAGCUGGAAUAGGACAGCAGCCCCGCCCCAGUGGCCUCCCCUCCCACUCCCCCAGCCCCUCAGCUGGGGAGGGGGGCCCAGAGAAAAGAUCCGGGGCUGGGGCAACCGCGGGCAGGGCCGAAGGUGGGGGCCGCUGCUUUCCACCCGACCGCUGAAUGUUCGAGGAGACCCCAGCGUGGAUUCUGUGCUGACACAUCUCCAUUCUCCCUGUUUGUGGUACCAGGAGAGAGAGCUGCUAUGACCUGCAGUACCCAUCAAAGACUCCACAUAGUCUAUGAUAAAAAUACCUGCUUACCUGGGACCAAUGGAUACCAGGGAAAACACUUCAGCUUUUCAUUUACUUGGUUUCCACUCUGUACUCUGGGGGGGGGGGGAUCCAGCCUAAUUCAAUGGUGGUAGGCGUGGGACAAAUUCCAUUAUCAAAAUCAGAAGCCUAAAGCUAAAGAUUUUGCAGAUUAUUACCAUCAGUUUUACCUAAUAUAGUAUUCCAGGACCUUUUACAGCCUUCCCCCCACUUCCAUGGACCUGUUUUGCCCUUUAGUGCAGAGGACCACCUGCUAUAUAUAUAUAUCCUAAAGCCUACGUCCAAGGCAGCCAUUGUUCUCAUAUCAAGAUAGGACGUGGCUUGGCACUAUGCUUUGGGGUCUCUUCUCCCCAUAAUCUAUAUACCAUUAUUCCAAGGACAUAUGGAAUAAUAGAAGCAGCACCAGGUUCAGACUCAGAAGACCUGUGUUUGAAUCUUUUUUUUCUUUUUGAAUCUUAAUGAUAUCAUUAAUUAGAUGCAAUUUAUUUAAGUAUUCUGAAUCUUGGUUUACCCAUCUAACUAAAUGAGUUUAAAUGGGGUGAUUAAAAAAAUCAUGCUUUCUCCAGCAUAGAUUACUUCUGUGUUAAUUAGGUCAAGUCCAGCCCUUUUCUCAAUUUCAUUAUUAUCUUAAGUGCUACUGCCAAUCUCUUGAGAGACUGAGUCCAAAUGUACCAGGUUCCCUUUUGUCUCUCCUAAAAAUCAGUUAUUGUAAAACUACUGAAAGAUCUGCUCCAUUCCACAUCUAUUGGGUGUCUUUCUGGUUCCUAGCUAUAGUUGUUUUUGGUAAGAUCUAACUUGCCUGGAUCUCACACCAACCUCUUUGAAAUUCCAUGUCUUCAUUCAUUGCUUUUGGGUGUCUUGUGUAGCAAUGAUGUUUCUCCUCUGCCCUUCUCUACAAUAUUUUGUAAAUGAGCUUGUUUUCUAAACUACUGCUACCUGUGACUGCUGUGCUUUUGCUUUGCAAAGUUGGUUGAGUGUUUGCCACCUGAAGCACUUUCUGGGAUCUUUUUGUCUCCUUGUUGUGACAACUAGUCAACAUAAUUUGGAUUUUUCUAGGAAAUGGUGGUAAAAGCAAUGUCUUUCGUCCAUUUCUGGGUUUUGACAGCUCCCCCAUUAGAUGCUUGUUUCAAAUUAUGGUCUCAUUAGUAAUUGAUUUGAUUGUUUAUCAUCAACUAAUUCCAAAAUGACUGACACAGUAGACCAAUGGCUUCUUAUCUUUUAAGACAUCAUGUUAGAUAUUUGGCACAUAAAGUGCUUUCCAAUACUCCUAUUGAAAAUGUUCACCAUUUAUCAAUGUGAAGCUUCUGAGUAGUAUACAAACUUUUGACUCCUUUUAUUUCUUGGUCCUGAUCAUAGUCUCUAAAACAUUUUUAUCAUUCUCCCCUGUCCACUUUAGCAUCAAAAUUGUUGAUUUUGUUUAGAAAAUCUCAUCAAGUUCUUUUAAAAAAAUCUCUACCCUUUCUCUACAAUGGAUAUUGGUACACCAGCUUUAUUCACCUUUGCUUUGAUCUGUGUACACUGGUGAAAACUACAAGAUGAGAUAACAAAGUACAGCCUGAAAUGACAUUUCCUGUUACCUUGGAGUGUGAUAAAAACAAUUGAACAUCCCACUUAUUUAUUUCUUAGAAGGAGAACAUGCCAGCUAUUCUUCUACUUUGCUGUGGCUUUGCUAUAGCUUCUAGUUUUAUUUAGAGCUACAAUAGGGUAGUCAUUCAAUAUGGAUGAAGACAAUUCAACAUGGUGAGGGGUCCAGCACUGUCUAAAUGAAAGGAUUUCUUAUUGAAGGCAAAGUUAUUCAGAUACUCCUAUUUGCAAGUGACCUGCAACAAGCUCCAGAAUACACUUAGUAUUUAGUACAGUGCUUGGUAUCUAGUAAGCACUGAAAUGCUUGUUGACUGACAGAUGGGGAAAUGUCCAGACAUGUGAAAGAGCUUAGUGUAUCCAAUAUGGAAGAACAAAGUGGAUGAAAAAAAUGGACAUUCCUCAAACUAUGUCAUAGUGCUAGAAGGGCUAAUCUGUUGGUAUGUGUUUAAUGGGCAAUGAGCUGGACCCCGAAUUUCAUGGAAAGAGAUUAGACUGAGCUGCAUAUAGUGAAUUGUGAAAUGCUUUGCUUUUAGUAAUCUCAAACUGCACACUGUCGUGAAAACCCAAUGCUGUGAUGCUCUAUUUCCCCAGUGACAUUAUAAAACUGCUGAACAUGGAAUACCACACUCUUAGAAGACUCAGUUAAAGAUAACCUAAUAGGCAAAGGAAACAUGCAUGGCAGUAGGAAAUUGUUUGUAGCAUGCUACCAGUGAUGGCUUUUGCUUGAGGUAGGACUCCAGAAGCAUCGAAGUGGGGUCUAGCCCAGAAAAGGAUGUGGGCUCAUCUUGUAGUGAGGAUGAGGAAAUAGACAGAUGAAAAGAGUGGUACAUGGGGACUCCUGAGAUCUAAAGAGAACCAGAGGAAGGUCUGCAUAUUGGUUGGAUCAUCUAUGAAGGAUUCAUGGAAAGAUCUGGGCAAGAUUAAUAGAAGGAUGAAAAGUUAUGAAGAAAAGGAUUGCUAACAGAAUGGAGAUGCCACUUUCUGGGAAUGGCAACCUUCUGGGUACCCCUUAAAUUAUGCCUACCUGGCAGCUACCUUUUCAGCUAAGCCCAUGCAUUUAAAAGCUUGGUUUUUUAGAAGAGAAAUAAGAAGGUGAGAGAAGGAAUUAAAGAUUUAUUUCUGUUCAAGCCUAAAGAGGCUUGAAAAGAGGGAAAGAAAGAUUAAAGUAGAAUAAUUAAGAUUAGUGAGAAAGGCAGUAAAAACUAUACCUCUGUGUCUAUAUGUCUACAUCUUGCUCUAAAUGUGUUAUCUUUUAAAUAAAUUGUUUAUUCAUACUA